CUUAAAUUGAAGUUUGACUUUUGAAGUAUUAUUUAUUUUCAUGUCAAAAUCAAAAAUUGGAAAAUAAAUUGUUAUUUGGUAUAUAGUUGUUAAAUCUUUUAUUUUGAUAAAAUGAUGUCAAGAUUUAACAAUAUCAUUAGUACAACUUGUACUAAAGUUUCGUCUAUUAAUUGUUCAUUGAUAAGUAAGUAUUCUCAAAAGUCACAGUCGGAGACCGAAGAAAAUUUAGAGAAUGCCAAAAAAGCAGAAUCUAAAAGAUUAGCAGAAUUUAGGAAGAAAUUAAGAGAAACAACGCCAAUAAAAGAUUUAGGCGAACAAGCAGAAAUGCAACCACCAAAGGAAAACCCUUUGCCUGCAUGGCCUAAUGAUACAAAUCCUCAUACUGGAGAAGUUGGUGGACCGCGAGGUCCAGAGCCAACCAGAUAUGGUGACUGGGAAAGAAAAGGCAGAGUCUCUGAUUUUUAGAAAAAAAUAUUCAAAAUUAACUUUAUUUUAAACGCUUCGCUUACUUAAAAUUUAUUUAUUUAAUUCAUAGUAUUUAGAU